AUGGCUCACUACCCUGGCCAGCAUCACUUCGUCUAUUUUCUCACAUAAUAGAAAUCCAAGAGAUAGUCUUUGUGAGGCACAAGAACUAUUACACUCAUCACACAUGGACAAUGUUGUGUGCUAGACACUUUGUUUUGAGAGAUACCACAUCUAUUUAAGCCUAUAAGGUACUUGGCACUUUUGUGAUAACGAAGAUUACCAACGUAUAGGUUUUGGGACAGAGAACCCAACAGUGAACGCCUUGGUGUUAACCAGAAGGGAGGUGCUGUGAAUGGUUAUCUUUGCCAUGCUUCCUUUGAAAAAGACUGAGGUCAAUGACAUAUUGCAGAAAAAGGAAAUGCUACUUUCUCAGAAGUACAACUAUAUGUAGGUGGACAGAAGGAAAGAAGACUUAAGACAGAAGUGCGGGCUUGGCUUGAUUUAAUCACUUUAUGGAUAUAAAACAUUUUUGGGUUUUGUUUCUGGAUCCAGACAUCUCCAUAACAACAUGCCAUACAACAUCACCCACCAAGGAAUGGGUAGGUCUACAUUCACUCCUGAUCAGCUGCAUAUAGUGCUGAUAUCUGUGUUUGCAUUCUUAAUUAUGGCAGCCCUACUGAUGACUUGUUUUUGGACUAAAAAGUAUCGCUCACUGACGAGAACUGUUCGAGAUCUAAAGCUUAGACAGCCAUUGAGUCCUCCCCCUGAGUCUCCUGCUGAUAACUCCUAUGCAAACAACAUCACUGUGACUUUUGUAAAAGAUCACGGCCCCAUACUUGACACGGCUGCAAUUUCAAGACAGUACACCAAGUCAGGCUCAAGAUCAUUGUGGAAGCCUCCACAAAUGACAGUACAUUUGAAAAGGGGUGACCUGAGUCUUCUGCAGCUUAUCAAGGCUGGACGGGAGGGGGUGUUCUACAAAGCUAAAAUGACCCGUGGUACCUGCAAGGGCCACUCUAUGUUCACCUGCAAGGUCACCAAAGAAAGUGUGACAUACAAACAGGUGCAGAGGGAGAUAACCAUCAUGAAGAAACUGGGAAACCAUAAUAAUUUGCUUCAGCUGCUGGACUGGGAUAUCACACAGACUCCCUACUUCCUGGUCAUGGACUUUGUCAGCAAUGGCACACUGCAGAACUUCCUGCAGAUCAAUCAAGAUAGAUUGUCAGCUAACAAUGAUCUUCAGCACCUCUUUACCGUAGCCGCCUACCACAUAGGACUUGCCAUGGAUCACCUACGCAACAAAAUGGUGGUGCACUGUGACCUAGCCUUAAGGAACAUCAUGGUCAGCAACUUUCCUCGAGAGGUGAAGGUUGGAGAGUUUGGUUUGGCCAGAGACUUAACGCGUAUGAGGAGCCGCCGCAGCGGCAGAAGUAAAACGGGUGACCAUCAGGAAAGAAUCCCUUUGCGCUGGUAUCCCCCAGAGUACUUCAAGGACAAAUAUUACGGAUUCAAAAGUGAUGUCUGGUCUUUUGGAAUUGUACUGUGGGAGAUGCAAACAUUUGGUACAUUGCCAUACCCCAAUCUAGACUCCUCAGGAGAUGUGGUGCGUCAUAUCAGUGCUGGACACAAGAAUGUGGAACCAGCGGGGUGCAGGGUGGAAAUUUUGCAGAUGAUGAAGGACUGUUGGGUGGAACCCUACACAUACAGACCCUCGUUCAAAGAUAUUGUAGGAGUCCUCGAGAACAUUCUCGAGAAUGAUGGAGACUAUGUGGAUGUCGACAACAAAAGAAUUAUUUAAAAUAUGUGUAGCCAUACAUGGAGAAUGGCUAGGAGCAUUAUGCUAGGCCUACUUGUAGAUUGUAGAUGUUGUAAACAGGUUCAAUUCGGUAUUUCAUAUUUAAUGUUUUUUGUAUGUUAUACAAUAAGAAA